AUUUAGUGAAUUACUAACAAGUAACCUUGCCUUAGAAUAUAAAAAUAAAACAAAUAGCUAAAAGCCGUUUUGGAUUCAAUUUAAAAUCUGUCUGCAUAAAUCAUGCAAAGAAUGUUUCAUGCAUUGAAAGCAUGGCAAUUUUUGUUAAUCAUGCAUGCAAUUAUAUUAUAGUUAGAAUUUUAAUUUCUUUAAAUAUUCUGUAAGAUUUUGAACUUAUUCACAAGGUGGAAAAUCAUUGUAUCACAUUUGUGCCAAGAGUACCACUCUAUACUUUUCUGAAAAAGUAGUAUAUGAAUUUUUUACAUUCUUUUAUCAGUUGUUCACACAUGUAUGCCUCCAAUGGCUGCUCUGUUUUUGUAAAUAGUUGCAUAUUUUCUUUUUUUGCGAAAUAUUGUAUUUCAAAUAAGUAUAUUUUGUAGUGUAAAUGCCCCUACUGACUUUGAGGUUUUAAUAGAUUAAGUGUAGUGUUGGGUUACAGUGAUGGUGGAUUAGCAAGUAGACUACUGAAUAGAUAUUUGGUUUCAUGCGGUUUGUUCAUUUCCACAAUUCAAUUUAAUUAAAACAUGUAUUCGCAUUGAUUAUAAUCAUUAAAUGUGGAAGUACAUGUAUACAUGUACAUGUACAUGUACAUGUAUUAUGAUGUGUGAUGUUGAUGACAGAUUUGUAAAUUACAAACCAAGGUACAUGGAAUGUAAAUGUAUUGAGCAAAAUGGGCUCAGAACUGGCUAAAUUACGUGAAAUAAAAAUAUUGAGUAAGUUUUGUUUAAUGCUACUCAUGCAGAGGACCCAUAAGAUUUAUGUUCCUUUAAAAAGAGGAGCUCCCUGCACAGAUUGAAGUUUUGCCUAGACUGUGAAAAUUGAUGUGCAAAAUAUGAAUUUAGUUUAUCGAAAAGUAACUAGAGUAUGUGAGUUGAAUGUCAGAUGAUAUCAAAUAUGUAUGUUUUCAUGGAAUGUGGAUUAGAUAAGACCACCUUUAUUCAUUUUUAUGCUUGUUAUCAAAAUUUAUCCUCCUGCCAUUCAUGAUGACCGUAAAAAUUUACCUCUUGUUUAUCUUGCCAUCUUACAGACAACUCAGAAUUUUCCAGCUCCAACUAGAUGCUAUGCAGUGCCUCUUUGAUGUACAGCUUCCUUCCAAUAAGAAAUUCACUCUUCAAGAUAAUCCCCCACUUGAGAGCAGCCCUGAGAAUCUAUGCAAGAGAUUCGCGGAUUGUGAAAAGCAGGUCAAAAAUUUGGAGUCAAAGGUCAAAGCGACACUACGUGACCUGUACAAGCCAUGUAUGGACUCCCAUAGCCCGUCGUCUACGUUGGUUUCUAAGGCGGCCCCUGAUCCCAUGCGUGAUGCAGAUGAUGAUGACGAUGAGGAGGAGGAUGAUGAGCCUGCCACGUACAUGCCUGUACCAGAGACCAUGCCUUCCUCCAGCGACAAGGAUGUCAGAGAUCUACCAACAAGAAACAUUCUUCCGACAUCGUUUGAGGUGAAAGUACUCAAUGUCCCAUCCUUGACCCAUCCAAAGGUCAAGUUGACCGUUGACCUUGCCACUGGUCAUCUGGUGGUUGCCAAGGUAACGGGUAAAGAGAUGAAUGAAGAUGUCCAGCUCUUGACUCAUGACAAAGUUGCACAGCUGAUCAAAUCUCGGACAAGUAAUACCAAACUUGCCAUUAAAUUGAGUAAUGGCAAAAAGAAGGAAUAUGCCUUCGAGGAUGCUAAGAAACGAGAGACGUUUUGUCAGAUGUUACAGUACAUGAAGAUGGUUCAUUCUAAGAGCAAGGAAGUGGACCAGAUCUCAGUUUUCAUCGGAACUUGGAAUAUGGGAGAUGCCCCGCCCCCAGACUGCAUCACAUCGUGGCUGACAUGCCAAGGGGACGGGAAGACAAGAGACAGCCGUCUGGUCUACAUGCCGCAUGACCUCUACGUGAUCGGCACGCAGGAGAGCACGCUCAGCGAGAGGGAUUGGGUCAAUCGUCUGAAAGCAGAGAUACACAACAUAUGCAGGGUGCCCGGGGAGAAGGAGUACUCUGUGGUGUCGGUGACGUCUCUGUGGGAUAUUAGAAUAGCAGUACUUGUCAAACCUGAACAUUAUGACCGUAUCACUCAUAUCAGUUCCGAUUCCGUCAAAACAGGUAUCGCCAAUGCCCUCGGUAAUAAGGGGGCAGUUGGUGUGUCAUUUUCAUUCAAUGGGACAUCAUUCUGUUUUGUCAAUUGCCAUCUUACGUCAGGGACGGAAAAGUGUACGAGGCGGAACAACAACUUCCAUGACAUCCUACGAGGUCUGAGUCUUGGUGCCAAGGGUUUAAGUCUCUUUGAUCUCAACAAUCAGUUCCAUCAUGUCUUCUGGCUGGGUGAUCUCAACUAUCGUAUCGACUGGAAUGUACAGGAUGUUCUUACGAACAUUAAGGGAGGCCAUUAUGAAGUGCUGUUUGACCACGAUCAGCUGAAGAUUGAGAAAGAUCAGGGACAUGUCUUUGUGGCAUUUGAGGAAGAUGACAUCACAUUCCCUCCGACCUAUCGCUAUGAACUGGGUCAUAGGUCAACUUAUGCCUACAAGAAGAUCAAGAAAACAGGGAUUCGUAUCAAUCAGCCUUCCUGGUGUGAUCGAGUGCUGUGGAAGUCUUACCCUGAUACCCAUAUACUCAAUACCACGUACGGCUGUACAAAGGAUAUUUUCAGCAGCGACCACUCUCCUGUUUUUUCAACCUUUGAUGUCGGCCUGUCUGCUUCCACAGUUGUUCCCAAAGAGCAGAGAGAAGAAGGUGCCCAAGACGUGAAGAUCAUUUUCACCCAGGUCGAUGCUACCAUCACCAGCAUGUGCAGCAGUCGCUAUUAUCUUGAGUUUUUCUCAACGUGUCUGGAAGCCAAGUCUGAGAAAAGCAGUUACAACUCAAUUUGCCAGCAGAACAAUACACUGAAACUGAUCAAACCAUCUUGGACAAAAGACCAGCUUGUAAAGUUGACUCCAAUAGUAUCUGACGUAGAGUAUCUUGAAGAGCAGUUUAUCUUGGUUGCUAUCAAAUCAGAAGACAGCGAUGAAUCUUAUGGAGAGUUUGUUGUGUCAUUACGUCAUCGCUUUGAAUCAUCACCCGUUCCGUUCAAGAGUAUUCUGACACAUCAAGGACAUAGAACAGGAGAAGUGGAAGGUAUGGUUCAUGUCCAUUCAAGAGAUGAGAGUCUGUAUGGAGCGUUCAGGAAAGCAAAGACAUAUGAACUGGUGAAGUUUGAAGACAAAACAGACAGCAUGUCAUCGGGUGAUGUGAGUGAUGAGGCUUCCUCUGCAAAGUUCUGCAAAGCAAAAGUGGCAAUUGAGAAUACCAAGAACAAGAUGAGACAGUGGGUCAACAAGACGCCCAGCGAAGAUCAGUCAAGGAAGUCCCAAGAAGCUGCUCCACCUAUACCUACCGCACCCCGCCCACGGGAUCUAAACAUCUCCACCGCCUCUCUCCCUCCACCUCAGAGUGACCCCGCCCCUGUUCCCCCAACGAGGAGGAAAAACGGUCUCAAGCUAUCGACUGCGAAAGCAAUGAAUCAGAAUGGAGUUGGGGAAGAGAGUGAACAGCCUCCGCCGUUACCGCCUCCACGCGUCGGAGCGAGUCCGAUGAGCGCUAGCCCCAUGAGUGUGAAUCCACUGAGUUCUAUCCUGAUGAGUGCCACGCCCCUGAGUACUAACCCAAUGGAUGGAGGGGAGUACAUGGGAUUGAAUGUAGACGCAAUGGCUCCCAGCAGAACCGCAGCGGGUGACCAGUCAACGGGGCCAGAUCGAGGGAUGAACCAGGUUACUAAGCCUCGUCUCAGAGGGUGUCGGUCGGUACCUGCCGAAUCGGACACCCCACCUCCGCUCCCUUCCCGACAGCCCCCACCCACGCAGAGAUCACUCUCCCGAGACGUUGCCCUUCCCCCACCUCUCCCCGCAAGACCGAUGCAUACGCUUCCUCCUAUGUGUUCCGAUCGCUCGGAUUCAGAGACAUCCGAUGAGGGUAUGAUCCUCGGACAUUCGCCGCCGCGGAGAACGCCUCCUCCGUUACCAGGUCAGCAGGGCGCGUCCAAAGUGAGCGCAUUGCGCGACCACUGGGAGAGGCGAUCCAGUCGUGAUUCAUCCCCCGAGAGCAACCGAUCUAGCGUAGAUAGAGGAGAUGCCAAACCAGCGCUCCCAGUCAGGAUCGCAGAGAGAAUGGCUCCUGAUGGCAGACCUUCCUCGUCUUCUACCGACGAUGAUCCAGUACUUCUAGAAGGUCUACCUCCUCCUCUUCCUGUGAAGUCCAAACAGAAUACACCGCCUAGAAGACCAAAUGAUUCUGAGAUGGAAAGGAGUAAACCUGAUCAACUCAUGCACGUUUUGAAAAAUAUGAAAGAAAGAAACAAAAACAAUCCUUAAUUCCAACUCUUGCCCCUCCUCCUCCUCCCCUCAACCACUCCUCCCUUCCCGCCCACUGGGUUCAAACAGGAGUACGAUAGCCUACGGCGGCCGAUCACCAUCACCGAGUGGCUCAGCAAUCUGGGGUUGAUGCAGUAUAAGCAGCAGCUGUACGACAAUGGCUGGGACAACGUGGCAUUCUUGGACACCAUCACGGACCAGGACCUGAUCGAUGCCAGGGUGGAGAGCUGUAAUCACCGACAGCGAAUGCUGGAGAGUAUCACCUGUAUCAUGGCCAUGCAACGAUGAGGAAGACCAGGACCUACACCAUAGGGACCUUGACCAUGGUCAAGGAGAACCUAGACCACAUUUAGGAGAUCCUACACAGCUGUAAUAUGCCCUAGAUCGCAUGAUAGAAUAGGGCCUUGUUCAGGACAAAUAGGACCUAGGCUUAUAAAAGUAAGGACCUUUACAAAAUCAAGAACACAGCUAGGAUAUGGUCUUAAUAGUUAGACCUACAUCAGGCCCAAUCAAGGUUUGAAAAGUAAGGUUGCGAUGAUAAAAAAGGGUCUCAAUCAUUUCAGGGAGAACUUCCAAUAUAUCACAGUGAACCUUCACAGCUAAGAUGGUCCAGGAUCCCAAUUAUCCUUAGACCUAGUCUAAGAAGGAGGACCUUGGGAAUGUAAAGAAGGGUCUACUGUAAACCACUUAAGUAAAAACUGUCCUCACUGUAACAAGGCCCAGAUUCAAUAUGAAACAGGGCUGAGAUCACAUCAACAAGGAGUAAAUCACAAAAGGUCUAUGAUUGUAUGAUUAAGGAUCCAGACUGUUUGACAAAGAACAAAGACAAAUAGCCUUUAACAAUGUCAAAUGCGCUCAUUUAAUGGUCUGGUUAAUAUAACCAUGACUUCUAUCAUAUUGAGCCCAGAGGUUCCAAGGUCAAAGACCAGCGGGGUGUGAAAUUUCAGGCAUGGUAAUUUGACUCGGCCUGAGAUGACCAUGCAUUAUGUAUAAUAUGUAUGAGGAUAGGCAGUGAUCGAUGUACACGUGUGAGAAAGAGAUACGGGGGAAGAGUCCAGAAAAGCAGGAGUCUCAUGCCCUAAGGCGUGAGACUCGGCAUGUCUGUUAUCCUGUAGGCUGGUGGAGCCUAUGAAAAACGUGUGUUAUGGCAAAAUCAUUCAGUCUCCUAUGGUCCUAUGACACUGAAUAUACAGCAGUGCAUACAGCGUCCAUAACAUAAUGGGACAUAUUCAUAACAAAUGUACAUGUAUGUAUAUUGCUUCAUAUCAACUGCAUUUGAAUCAGGACUUUUAAAUGGUGCAACUCCAAGCGGUCUUUCAACCCGUAUACAAGGAAGUUUAUCUAGUCAUUCCUUUGAUCUGCAUUAUGGUGUAUGGAAUCUCAUUGUACAAAUCUCAUCACAUGUGGUCAUGUUGGUGUUAAUUUAAGCAUGUAGCGUAUAUGCAGUUACAUCUGCUUUUAAAUGUCUGUAGAAAAUUGAAUCUUGCAUUUUUACAAAAAAUUUUUACUAAUGCACAUGUACGCCGUGUCAUUUCCUCUAGAUGGAAGAGAAAAUAUUAAGUUAUGACUUUAUUUCUUAUAAUACUGUUACGGCAUUUAAUUGUGCGAAGUGACUUUGAACCAUAGAUCUCUAUGUGAAAUAUGUCAUCUGGCAUAGCUCAACAUUUUGUAACUUAAGCCCAAAUCCUAAAAUACAUCUCUGAGGUAAAAAUUGGUAAGGAGUCAUUUAAAAGAGUGAUUGAUGUAUGUUUUUCAAAACUACAUAUUUCCCUUUUGCAGUUUAGUAACUUUCUUGCCAAAAAAGGACUAAAUGUACUUUGGAAAUUCAGAGAGAUAUUUGUUUGCCAGCUUUUUGACAGAUUAAAGAAAAGUGAAAUGAGCAUGUUAAAUAUAUUAUGUAUAUCUGGUAUUAUCAUGAGAAAGAAAGGAUUGAUAAAUUCUGAUAAAAAGUAGAUUAGAUUAGAAUGAUGGCCUGGGGAGAACUCAUUGUCAAUAAAAAAAGGAGAUAGACAGAAGCAAAAAUGAGAAAGCUAUGACUGUUUUAAAAAGUCACAAUUUGUUUCCUACUGUGAUCCUCAAAUUGGCAAUAACAAUUCAAUGAUUUCCCAAUAAUUUCUCAAGUUGCAGCUUGUCUCUGUACCUAAUUUGAAAACGUUUUUGACAUGUGCACCAUUCGACAAAUUCACCAAAAGACUCGCAGCAUAGAGAUAUUGGAGAAAGUUAUACCUAUUGGGAUUUGUCAUACUAAACCUAUCAAAUUUAAAGAAUGCUGCCCAUUUGAACAUCACAGGAGAAAGUAGAUUUUUUCAAAACAUGUAUUUUUUCUGAUUUGUAACUUUUUUUUAAAGAAAUCAUUGGGGUGCUGUCUCCCCAGUCCCGCUGUAGCACCUCUCCCCUUGUCUGUGCAACAAGACAAACAGCAAACAAAAGCAUAUUAUUUUUUAAAUGUGAAAAAAAAGUAAAGUAACAGUAAUUGAUACUAGAUUGAGUUAUCGAGAUGGCAUGUAUACUUGCAUGUGUUCUUGCCGGACUGGCCUCACAAAAAAACCUAUUAAAAAACAAGAGGAUACCAUGAAGUCAUGUAUUUCAUGUCAAUGACGAUUGAUAAAUGUUUUCCAUCAAAAAUAUUCUCACCCAAUUGUAUUUUCAUUGUAUAUAUACAUUCAUGUAUACAUUUAUAUUGUUUUUUUAUGAAAGAUAUAUCACAGGCCUGCUCUUUAACAAAAAAAAUAUAUAUAUAUUUUUCUACCUGAGCAUAUUGAUGUACUGUAUAUGAGCAAAUAUGAUUCAUGUGUAUUUUGUAUUUUCUAAGGAAUGAAAAAAAUUUGUGUUAAUUGAAGUUAUACCAAUAUUAGGUAUAGAAUAGGUAUAUACAUGUACAUGUAGGUAUAUUAUUUAAACUCAAUGUGUGUCAUUUCACAUUUCAAUCAAUAUCUAUAUAUUAUUUCAUCUGAUGCUGACAUCAAAAUAGUCUGCAGGCACAGACUCAAAUUUUUACUUCUACCAAAUAUACUGUGUCUAGAGUGAAGACUAGACUCCAAACUCUCUGUCUUCGUCAAAUAAGAGUUUGAUAGAGGUAGCCACAGAACAUGGUGAAUCUAGUCUUGCUUCUCCAGACCCUACAUUGUGUGACUAUUCUAAUUAGGAAAACCAAAUGUCUGUGCCUGUAGACUAGCAUCAAAGCAUGUUAUAAUUGAUACACAUGUAAUGUAUGGCAUCCAAUUUGUGCAAUCUGCUAUAUUAUAGUCUGCAUGCUGAAGAUUUAAGUGAAACACAUAGAAACAACAAUCACAAUUUAUUAAUGUUUUAGGUUUUACAGAAUUUCACACAAAUUGUUGUACAUUACAAGCAGUGACGUAUCUUGGGAAAGGGGGCAAGGGGAACAAGUGCCUUAGGCAAAACUUAAAGGGGGCUGCAAAAAAAGAGAGAAAUAUCUAAGAAAAAGACAACUUGGAUAUCAUGGACAAGCAAACUGAUUUGAGGUUAGACAGUUGAAGGGGUACAAUUUCAGCCCUUGCCCCAGGCGCUGCUAUCUAGAUACACCACUAUAUAGGCCUAGAAUAAAAUUUUGUAAAAGUUUUAAAGAUGGAUGGCUUAACCCCCCCCCC